AUGCUCAUCGCCGCUUGCUACUCCGCCGAACGCUCUCUGCUACUCUCAUUCGCAACCAGACUGGCCCUGGAUUUGAAUAUGGACGAGGCGUUCGAGAAUCUUAUACAGCGUUUGGCAAUGUGGGAAACGGAUGUGUGUCACGAUCCCAAGGAGGAGCGUUCUUUGAUGCGGGAAUCUAGAACUUGGUUCGGGCUAUUGGUUCUGGAGCAUAUAUUCCGGGUUGAUGGAGGAAAGCCACCUGGAAUUCGAUUUGGAGGAAGUGCGCGCCGCUGUAGGGCUUUGCUCGGUCAUCCUUCGUCGACUGUUUUAGAUUUGCGUCUUUUUGCACAGGUUGAGUUGAAUAUCCUGAGAGCAAACAUCAACGACACUCUAGGCUCAAGAACUUUUGACAAAUUAGAUAUCACGAACUUCGUACACGAGACCAAGAUAGAUCUUGAUCUCUGGUUCGACGACUGGCUGCGUAUCAUUGAAAAUUCACCCGCUGCAACCGAAGAAAAGCCCUUCCUUCUAGCUGCCCUCCGCGUACAGAAGUGCUGGGCCGAACUAACCCUCCACUGCAAAGCUCUACAAUCAAUGGGCGUCGAGAAUGUCGCCGCAAUAUCCCCUACAGAACAAUCCAUCCUCCUAACAGCCAAAGGCGCCGCCAAAAAGCACCUCGCCCUCAUCACAACCGAACCAGACCACUACCUCGCCCAACUGCGCUACGCAAUGGACUUCGUCUGGGCGAAAUGCGCAUUCUGUUUCCUCCUUCUGCUCAAAUUAUCACGACUCCUUCCUGAACGGGACGAAGAGCAUAGAGAGUUGCUGAGACAGGGUGAGACGCUACUUGAGGAACUGUCAAAAGCUGGUCCGGGGAAUACUAUCUACCUGCAGAUAUUGAAGAUGAGUAUUGAGAAAUAUGGACGGACGUUGCAGGACAAUAAUGAGAGGGAUACAGAGACAGAUACAGAGGCCACGGGUCCAUUUUGGGAGUUGUUCGAUGCACAGACGGAUUUGCAGUCGUUUGUGCCCGAGCAGUUUGUCUCAGAGUGGGAGUUUCCGGGGCUGAAUUUGUUUUAUUUUCCGAUUGCGUGGCAGGAUUUCUUUGGGGAUUUUUCGUUGGCAAUCUGA